AUGCUGGAGGUCGGUGAGGCCGGUCGGAAUGACGAGGAUGGGGUUGCUCAGGUGGUGAAGAAGGUGACGGGGGAUGAGAAGGUGAUGGUGGACUGGUGUCUAGUGUUGAAAGUGAUUCGGUGGUCAUGGGUUCAACUUGGUGCUAAACCUGCCUCUGUUCCAAUGGAUAGUACCACAAGACUAUAUCAAGACAAAAGUCCCUUGCUAUUCGACCCUUUUGUAUAUCGUUGUUUGGUUGGCCGUCUUAUCUAUCUCACCACUACUCGACCGAACAUCAUGUAUGCCACUCAACAAUUAAGUCAAUUCAUGGCAUCUCCUACUGAAUCUCAUCUUCAAGCUGCCAAGCAUGUGUUACGAUAUCUGAAAACUAGUCCCGGCAAAGGACUUUUCUUUCCAAGGGAAUCAGAAAUUCAGCUUCUCGGCUUCAGUGACUCUGAUUGGGCCGGAUGUCCUGACACUCGGCGAUCUUUAACAGGUGAUUGUUUCUUCUUAGGCAGUUCUUUAGUCUCUUGGAAGACCAAGAAACAAACCACCGUUACCCUCUCAUCCACUGAAGCAGAAUAUCGUGUACUUGCCAACAUAACUUGUGAACUUCAAUGGAUACUAAAUGUGUUAUAA